AUGAACACAAUUAAAGGCAGUCGAAUCAUUUUUAUCAUUAUAUCUUCACGUGUUGCUUUACUCAAUUUUCUUAAACAAAAGAGUGUUACUCCUUUUCUUUUCUCUCUUACUUUAUCAUAUGAUCCUCUCAUUGCUCCCUCUAUUUCAAUUUAUCCAUUACGUGGAAGUGCCAUUGACAUUCAUCCAAAUGGUCGAUGGCAACAGAAUGGUUUCACUGUCGCUGGAGGAACUGGAAGAGGCAAUGAAAUCAAUCAACUCUCAUACCCAAAGGGAUUAUAUGCGGAUGAUGAUCAAACAAUUUAUGUCGCUGAUACAGACAAUCAUCGUAUUAUGGAAUGGAAAGUGGGUACGACGAGUGACCAAGUGGUUGCCGGUGGAAAUGGACAAGGAAGAACAGUAGUUGCAGGUGGCAAUGGAUGUGGAAAUCGUCUCGAUCAACUCAAUCGACCAACAUACGUAUUUGUCGAUCGAGAUCAAUCAGUGUACGUAUCUGACUCUUGGAAUCAUUGUGUGAUGAAAUGGAUGGAAGGUGCAACACAAGGCAUUGUCGUAGCUGGUGAUCAAGGAGAAGGAAAUGGUCUUAUACAAUUAUCAUUUCCUCAAGGAGUCGUUGUUCAUCAAUUAGGCACUGUCUAUGUGGCUGAUUAUUGA